GUCACACAAUAUAUAUAGUCACACCUUCAUCAAAUCUUUAUUUCAUACCAGCUUCUGAAAACCACAUAAAGACAAGUGUCUACAUAUAUCUAAAUAUUUCCGCACGCAUAUAUAUAUAUCGAUAUAACUAGUAAUUAUGGUGAAGUUUGAUGCGAAGCUGUGGAAAGCUGUGCUUAUGAUGUCGAUUAUCAACAUUGGGCUAAGCGUUGUAAACGUUAUGUUCAAGAAGAUGCUUAAUCAAGGAAUUAACCGUAUGGUCGCCACCACUUACCGACUAGCCGCAGGAACUCUGUUCUUGACACCAUUUGCAAUUUUUUUGGAAAGACAUAACAGGCCAAAACUGACGGGCGGUAUCUUGUGUUCACUUUUCUUUAGCGCUCUUCUAGGGACAAGUCUGGUGCAAUACUUUUUCCUUAUUGGACUACAAUAUACGUCUUCCACUUUCGCGCUAGCGUUUAGCAACAUGGUUCCUUCGGUCACUUUUGCGUUGGCUCUCGUCUUUAGGCAAGAGACGUUGAACAUCAAGAGCAACAUAGGAAGAGCCAAAGUGUUAGGCACAAUGAUAUGCAUUACUGGAGCCUUGGUGCUCACGCUUUAUAAAGGACCAGCUUUAACACGACAAAAUACUCAAAUGCAAACACAAACCACAAAGGAUUCAACCGCUGCUACAACCCAAAAGUGGGCAAUGGGUUCGAUCAUGCUGAUCAUAUCAAUCUUAAUAUGGUCAGCAUGGUUCAUCGUCCAAGCUAAAAUAAGCCGGAUUUAUCCAUGCCAAUACACGAGCACCACGAUCCUCUCUUUUUUUGGUGUGAUCCAAUCUGCUUUGUUGAGUUUGAUCUCGGAGAGGAGCAUAUCCAUGUGGGUCGUUAAAGAGAGGUUCCAAGUUUUAGCUUUACUUUAUUCCGGUAUCGUGGGGUCGGGUUUGUGCUACGUUGGAAUGUCGUGGUGUCUCCGGCAAAGAGGUCCGGUUUUCACUUCUAGCUUCAUCCCUUUGAUUCAAGUCUUUGCUGCCAUUUUCAGCUUCUCUUUCCUUCAUGAGCAAAUUUACUGCGGAAGUGCGAUAGGAUCAAUGGUCAUCAUCGUGGGACUUUAUAUACUUUUAUGGGGCAAAAGCAAGGAUAAGCCUGCACCCGUAACCAAACAAGAACCAUUAAAUCUCGAUCUUGAAGGUUGUGGGACAGCUCCAAAGGAACUCAAUAGUGCCGCCCAUCCAAUCUCUGGAAAAUAAUAACUUCAAGAUAUAUAUUAAAGGCUUAUAUAUUAAAUUGUUUUGCAUAUAUGGUCAGUGAACUAUAUAUAAGUCGAACUAAGUAGAUGUCUAAAAGAAAGUCAUAUUAAAGCAGAUGUAACAGUAAAACUGUUAUACAGAAAUAAAAAUGUGAAGUUCAUAUGUCGAGUUCCUGAACCGAAAAUCUUAAUCUACUUCUUUUUUGCCAAUGAAAAAC